UAGUUCCUGUUUAUUGGUGAAACAUGAGGAGGAGGACCGGGAGUCUGGUUCGGAGACGUCCAGGCGUGGAGCUCACCUCAGGAGGAGGAGGAGGGACUUGUCCACAUGUGGACACGGGAAUAAACACUUGUCCUCUCAGCUGCGUGUCUCCGAGCCCGCAAGGGUCUGUCCGGGACCGGCUGGAAGACGUCCAGACACCAAGACUGAAGCACCACGAAGCUUUUAAGAGAAAAAGAAUAAAAAAAACAAAAUGUUGUGCAGCGCGAGCAGCAAGUCAGCGAGCCCCGGAUCCAGAGAGCAGCGGGGGAAGGCGGCUCCAGACCCGGGAGACCCGGUCCAGAAACUCGGGAUCCUGGACAAUGCGGACAUCCAUGCCAUGAUGCGUGGCUCCAGCAUGGUGAAGGUUCGCUCCUCCAGGUGGCAGAAGAGCCGAAGUCUGCGGCUGCUGGAAGACGGACUCACCGUGUGGUGCGAGUCGACCAAGAGCUCCCAAAAAGCCAAAUCAAAACAGACGUUCGCCGUCACGGAGGUGGAGUGCGUCCGUGAAGGCUGCCAGUCCGAGGCGCUGAGGCAGCUCUCCGGAUCCACGCCGGACAACCAGUGCUUCACAGUGGUCUUCAAGGGGGCCAGGAAGAGCCUGGACCUGCGCUGCACCUGUCCGGACGAAGCCCAGCGCUGGGUGCGAGGGCUCCGCUUCCUGAAGGAGCGCGUGCAGAACAUGACGCAGAAGGAAAAACUGGACCAUUGGAUCCGAGGCUACCUCAGGCGUGCAGAUGAGAACCAGGACGGGAACAUGACCUACGCUGAGUUCAAACAGCUGCUGCAGAUGAUCAACGUGGACCUGAGUGAGCACUACUCCCGUGCUUUAUUCAAGCGGUGCGACCGAUCGCGCGACGGCCGCCUGGAUCACGCCGAGAUCGAGGAGUUCUGCAGGGAGCUGCUGCGUCGCCCAGAGCUGGACGCCGUCUUCAGGCAUUACUCGGGCAACGGGAGCAGACUCUCCACCGCAGAGCUGAGAGACUUCCUGGGAGACCAAGGAGAAGACGCCUCGCUGAAACACGCUCAGACUCUCAUUCUCACCUAUGAGCACAAUGACAGGGCUCAGAAGAACCAGGUCAUGACUCAGGACGGGUUCACCAUGUACAUGCUAUCUCUGGAGACCGACAUCUUCAACCCCGACCACGCCAGGGUCCACCAGGACAUGAGCCUCCCGCUGUCCCACUACUUCAUCUCCUCGUCACACAACACCUACCUCACCAAGGACCAGGUGACCAGCGCCAGCAGCACCGAGCCGUACAUCAGGGCUCUGAUUCAGGGCUGCCGCUGUGUGGAGCUGGACUGCUGGGACGGAGAUAAAGGUGAGCCUGUCAUCUACCACGGCCACACCCUCACCUCCAAGGUUCCUUUUAAAGAAGUCAUCGAAACCAUCUCGCAGUACGGCUUUAAGACGUCCCCGUACCCUUUGAUCCUCUCCUUGGAGAAUCACUGUUCUGUGGAGCAGCAGGCCGUCAUGGCCAGACACCUCCGCACCAUUCUGGGCGAAAAACUGCUCACCAAACCUCUGGACGAGCUGCCAGUGAAAGAGCUGCCGUCUCCAGAAGAGCUGAAGUGGCGCAUUCUGGUGAAGGGGAAGAAGCUGACACCUCGCCUGGACCAGCUCAGUAAGAACGGCAGCGUCGCCAGCUUCUCGUCGAGCACCGAAGAGGAGCCGGCGAGCGUCAGCAGGAACAAGAACGACCCCGCCAAGAUCUGCUCUAAACUCAGCCCUGAGCUGUCGGAGCUGGUGGUGUACUGCAGGACCGCCGCCUUCCGAGGCUUCGAACACGUGUCCAAACUACCGCCGAAUGAGAUGUCGUCCUUCUCAGAGUGCGAAGCGCUCAAACUCAUCAAAGACUCGGGGAAGCUUUUUGCUCGGCACAACAGCAGGCAGCUGAGCCGGAUCUACCCCUCCGGCCAGCGCCUGCAAUCAUCCAACUAUGAUCCUCAGGAAAUGUGGAACUGUGGCUGCCAGCUGGUGGCGCUGAACUUCCAGACACCUGGGGAGCAGAUGGACCUGAACCAGGGUCGCUUCCUCCCGAACGGUCGCUGUGGAUACGUCCUGAAGCCUGACUUCCUGUGCAGCCCCACYUCUGACUUUGACCCGGAGAACACCGGCGGAGGCCCGGGCCACACCCCCACCCAGCUGACGAUCAGGAUAAUAUCUGCACAGCAGCUGCCGAAAAUCAACGCAGAGAAAGCCAGCUCAAUCGUGGAUCCACAGGUGUUGGUGGAAAUUCACGGGGUGGCCAUCGAUAACUCCAAGAAGAAAACCCACCGCAUCGACAARAACGGCUUCAACCCUCGGUGGGACUGCACGCUGAGCUUCCAGCUGCAGGUUCCUGAGCUGGCUCUGGUGCGCUUCGUGGUGGAGGACCACGACCACACCGCCAAGAACGACUUCGUGGGACAGUACACUCUGCCCUUCACCAGCCUCCGCACAGGUUAUCGACACGUUCACCUGCUGCGGGCGGACGGCUCCAGUCUGUCGCCGGCGACGCUCUUCGUCCACGUSAAAGUGACCCGCAGAGGAGUUCCUGUCAAAACCGUGUCGGAGCGGAUGGCCAUAGCUAAAGGCAAAAUACGAACGUCAUCCGAACCGACGAAAAAGAUCAGUUUCUAAGAAAUGACGUCUUCGGGGACUGCCGGGCCAGAGGUUUAAAUUUCCCUCAGCCACUUCCUGAAAGCAAGAGGUGAUGAAACGCUGAAGACUGAAGCACAAAAACAAAACAUUUCAAUGUUAACUUUUUUAUAUUUUAUAUGUUUUAACUGAAAAUGUAAGAGUUAAAAACAAAACUGACUUUUAAAUAGGAAACAUAAGCUGCGGUUAAAACAAAACUGUUGUCUUAGACAUUUCUUUUUUUUUUUGCACUGUUAUGUGAAAUAUUUUUGUGAAUGCCUUACGACGCUCCCGGGUCAGACCCAGAACUUGGUGGUGGCCUAGGAACACUUUGGGGUCCUCCAUUCAGAGCGCCACAGGGGAGAGGGAGGUCUGGGUUUCCCCUCUGCACCUGUUGCCCCCGCCACCUGACUGAAGACAGGUAGAAGAUGGAGAAAUGUCUUAGAGUUAAUUCAGUCAGUCUUACUUUAUACUUAAACUUGAUCACCUUUGUCUUCAAAGCAAAUGACUGAAAGUUACCAUAACUUUUUAAUAUUUUUAGUAUUUAGUAUUUAUCAGCACUUAUCUGCCUUAUUGACAUUUUAAACACAUUGAAAAGAAAUAUUAAGAGAAAUCGUGAUUAACUUUUGAUAUAAACUGUGUUUAGUUCACUGACAACCGUGAGUGUUUAUGUCUGCUGCCAGUUUUAGGACUAACAACACGUCACCUGCAGUUUCUGCAGACUGCACUGACAAUAAAAUGGUUUUCUAAUGGAAGGUGAUGCUUACAAUCUGCUGUAAUUACAGUUUAUGUGUCUGAGGUGAUUUUCUGUAACAACAUAAACAAAGUAAAAUGACUGUUUUUUUUAAA